AUGUCUUCAAUUGAACAAUUACCAAAUGAAAUAAUUUAUCGUAUAUUUGAUAAUGUUGAUAGUUAUUCAAUAAUUAAUUUUUGUUUUACAUCAAAAAGAUUUUAUUCAUGUUUAAAUAAUUAUACUUCUUUUAAAAUUAAUUUUGAAUCAAUAUUAAAAGAAACUUUUGAUUUAAUUAUUAAUUUGAUCAAUCCAUUAAAUAUAAUAUCGUUAAAAUUAAAUGAUGACGAUAAAACACCUGGAAUAAUGAAAUACUUCAUUAAAAAUUUUCAGAUAAAUAAAUUAAAUCGAUUAAAAUCUUUAAAAUUAAUUAAAAUAAAUGAAAAUGAUUUAGAAAAUAUAUUGAAACAUUUAAUAAAUGAUCCAUUAAAUUCUAUUGAAAUUGAAUAUCGACAAUAUUUUACAAUGUUAAAUCAAUCAACAAUAUUAAUUCUUUAUCAAAUUUUAUCUAAAGAAACUCUUAGAGAAGUUCAUUUAGAUAUGAGAUCUUAUCAAAAUGAUUUUAUCCAAUGGCCACAAACAUCGAAUAUUAAAUAUUUAACUCUAAUACAUUCAAAUUUAUAUCAAUUCGUACAAAUAAUUGAAAAAUCGAAUAAAUAUAAAUCAGUAACGUUGAAAAACUUUACAAUGAAAAAUUUAAAUAAGAUUCCAUUAAAAUCAUUUCAUUUAAAACAAUUAAAAUCAUUUAAAAUCGAAGACAGCGAAUUAAUUAUGGAAAUAAUUCAAUGGUUUAUUUCAUUCAUGAGUGAUAUCGUUUAUUUUAAAUUAGACGGAUUUACAAAUAUUAUUGAAAAUAUUUUUAAAAAUGAUCAAUUAGAAAAUUUAUUUGAAAAGAAAUUAAAAAACUUGAUAACUUUUCAAUUUUUUAUUCGUUUUUCAUCGAAUGAAACUUUAAUAAAUAAUACCAUAAUUGAUUCAUUUAUUCAGCAAUUUAAAAAGUCUUAUUGGAUUACGAAUUUAAAUUGUUUUAUCAAUUGUGAUUUUAUUAAAAAUUGCAAUGAAAUUCAUUUAUAUUCUUUACCUUGUUUAAAUAAUUCUUUUAAAUAUUCUGAUAAAUUAAAUAUGAUUUCAUUAUCAACAUUAUCUUCAAUGAAUUAUUUAAAUCAAAGAUUUUAUUAUAUUAAUCAAUUAGAAUUAAAUUUAUCAGAUCUAGAUACAAAAUCAAUAAAUCUAAAGAAUGGUGCAGAUAGUCGAUUAUUUCCUAAAUUAAAUUCUUUAAAACUAACAAUCAAUGAUCAAUGUUCAUUGAAUUGCUUUGAAUAUCUUUCUAAAAUAAUUCAUUUAAAUAAUAUUGAAAAAAUAAUUUUAAUAAUAUGUUCUCGUGAUGAUUAUCUUAAUUUAAUGAUAAAAGAAUUUUUAAAUUUCUUAACAUAUUUAUCGAAUGUUAAUUCAAUUAAAAUAUUCAAUCGAUGGCAUGGAAUAUUUUCAUCAAUUGAUAUUGAAUAUUUUUGUUCAAUUAUACCGAAAACUGUUAAACAUCUUGAUAUUGAUAUAUUUGAUAUUGAUAACAUUAAAAGUCCUAUUAAACGACUUGAACAUUUAUCAAGCUUUAAAUUUAAAUUUUCAUUUAAUAAAUCACCUUUUAUAAAAAAUAUUCUUCAAUGGUUAUCAAAUAAGAAAAUAAAUUCAACGUAA